UAUAAGGGCGGGGCGGGGGCGGGGGCGGCAGCACCGCGGCUCAGGCCGUGCGGUGCGGAGCGGACGCUGCGUUCCCCGGGCGGCGCCGCCGGCGCCGAGCGGCCCCCGCGGCCCUAGUGCCCGCCCGCCGGACCUCGCCGUUGCCCAGCCCAGGUUUUAGAUCUGCACAAGAACCAAGAUCAAGAAACCAUGGCAUCCAUCCCAUCGAGCGGCUCGCUCAUGGCGACGCACACCUACUACAGAAAGCGCCUGAGCUCCACAUCCAGCAACAGCUCCUGCGGCAGCUCGGAGUACUCUGGGGAGGUCAUCCCCCACCCCCCGGGUCUGCCCAAGUCUGACCCUGGCCACUGGUGGGCCAGCUUCUUCUUCGGGAAGACUACUCACCCAGCCAUGACCACUGUGUCAGAGUCCCCAGAGAGCUUGGGAGCACUGCGUGUGACAACGGGACCAAUGGCAUGUGGCCUGGUGCCAGCCCAAGGAGCAGGACGGAGGCGUCACGCCAGCGAGCCCAGCUCCGGGCCCUCGGCAUGAGUGGGUUAGCGGCUGCUCUCCACACCGGCGGGCACAGACCCCCCCCCCCCAUCCCCCCCCAUAGAGUAGGCUGGCUGCUCCAAGGCAAAGGCACUGCUUUGUAAGAAAGUGCAGCAAACCCCUGACGAUUCCCGUACCAGCCUUUUUUACUCUUUCUCAAUGUAACUACGCCCUUUCCACACGGACUUUGUAACAUGUUUUAUUUACCUUGUACUCAUACAAUGACAACUAAUAAACCUGAGCAGCCUUUUAAAACUCA